GGCGUGUUUUAUCAAGUGUGUAUCGAUUUAUAUUCCCACGCUGGCGAUAAGAGCGUGCGACAGUCGACAGGUGAUUGGACCUCAUCGUAUUGGCUACCUCUCAAAUGCACAAAUAUAAAAUUAAUCAAUCGCUCAAAAAAUUAUAUAAAAAAUGAAGAAACAAAUGACAUUGACAUCAGUGAUAGUGACAGUGGUACUGUUCCUGGAUAAAUCGCAAUGCUACCGUAUCGAGAGAUAUCCUCUGCUAAUGCCAGAUGUCAAACCGAAUAUUCCUGAGCUGUACUUGUGCACACCUGUCAAAAUGAACACUACGUCGAGCUAUUACAUUGUUGGAUUUGAACCAAAUGCGACCAUGAAUACGGCCCACCAUAUGAUCCUUUAUGGAUGUAAAAAACCUGGAGCUGCAAAGCCCGUCUGGAACUGCGGCGAAAUGUCACAAUCCGCUAGUGAUCUAGAUGCUGCUGGACCCUGUAGCGAGGGAUCCGAGAUUUUGUACGCGUGGGCGAGAGACGCCCCAGACCUAAUUCUCCCCGAGGGCGUGGGUUUCAAGGUCGGUGGUGAUUCUCCAAUAGACUACCUAGUCCUCCAAGUCCACUACGCGCACAUCGAGCACUUCAAGGGUGGAAAAACCGACGACUCCGGUAUAUUUUUACGAUAUACGGAGGAGCCGAUGAGUAAAUUAGCUGGUGUUUUCGUUCUGGGUACCGCUGGUGGAAUACCAGCGAGAAAAUCAGAGAAAAUGGAGACGGCUUGCACCCUCAAGGAACAAAAGACAAUUCAUCCUUUUGCUUAUCGAACGCACACACAUUCCCUCGGUAAAGUUGUCGCUGGAUAUGUCAUUAGAAAUAAUUCGUGGGUUGAACUUGGCAAAAGAGAUCCCCUGACACCCCAGAUGUUCUAUCCUGUUCACAAUAAUAUGUCGAUCGUCAAGGGUGACACCCUUGCUGCAAGAUGCACAAUGCUGAGCAAUCGCGACAGGUGGACGAGUAUUGGAUCGACUGGCGAAGACGAAAUGUGCAAUUUUUAUUUGAUGUAUUAUGUGGACAGCGGGGAACCGCUGGACGUAAAAUACUGCUUCAGCGAAGGACCACCGACAUAUUACUGGAGGUCGGCUGGUCUCGUUAAUAUACCGGAUAUCGAGGCAUCGUCAUUAUAAAUUCAUUCUUCGCGCUUGACUAGUAUUUUUUUUUAAUUCAAAGGUGUUUUUCGCGAAAAUUCACGUUUAAGAAAAAUUUCCUGGCAAAAGAGUGGGAUUAUGAGACGCCGGAAAAGUUUGGUAUCACCUUAAGACUUCUUGAGCCAUUAAAUCCGCCGAGACAUUUCGCAACCGAACAAAACACUUUUUUCACGUCAAUCCUUUCGUUAAUUUACUUGGAAGAUGAAAUAAAACGUGAAUUUUAGCGGAGACGAUGCAGAAUAUCUGACUUAAUCAUGCAAACAGCACCAAAAAAGUAGUGAAUUAAGACGACGUCGGUUUAAUUAUAACCGAUUUUUGGCUUGCUUCAAACCGAACGACUUAAGCUGCGGAAAUCUCGAUUUCAGGUCUCAUAUAACCCGAAAAGUGGUUUAUCUCGAGCGGAAAUGGAUCAAGCCGAUAUCGAUGCGAAUCGACCCGAAAAAUCGGCUUGAAUCAAAACAAAGAUCAAUCUGUUUCAGAUAGCAGAUAAACACUUGAUUCUAGUUGAUUUUUCGAUCUUCGCUACUCAUUUCCAAGUUCUUGGCUAUAAAGAGAAUUAAUUAGUUAAUAUCAAUUAAUGUUGGGCUCCAAAAGCAGUAAUGGAAAGGGAAUAAUUAUUUUACUUGAUUAUUUUGCGCCGCAAUGUUGAUCUUGAGUUUUGCGGUGACGGUGUCGGUAUGAUCCGGAACUAAUGGCAUAUUUGACAAUGGUUCCUGCCAACACAGGAUUGCCUCCAGGAGAAAAGAGUUACCUAAUGUCUGAGAGAGUGAAUAUUCCGUUUGAAACGAAACAUUUUUUUCUAUUCAAGUCUGAAGACAACAGUAUAUUUCGUCACCGUGUCUAACCUCGAUGUCUCGUAAUUAUUUAUACAACUUUUACAUUGCAAAUGGGAGCAAACAUUGGUUAUAUAAUAAGUGUCUUCCGUUUAUUUAUCUGUUUUGUUCCCGAUGGAUAUCUGUAUUUGAAAAUUCACCGUCGAGUUCUCCACUGAAAAGUUAAAUAUUUUUGUUGGAAAAUAUUUUAAAAAUAUACAUUAUUUUUAUUUUAUAAAUAUGUUGAUUAAUUACAGGGAAAUGUGUUAUCUGAUGCAUGAAUCUCAUCCGAAAAGGUCAAUACUUUAAAUACUAGUCAGUACUGAAUGUCACCACAUGCCUCUGUAAUAAUCUGAAUUUUAUCGCGACAUUUAUUUCGUCUGUAGACUUCAGGUCAAUCAAAUCCUCGUCAAUUCUAUAAUUUUCAACCACUGACAGUGGGAAUUUGAUGCUGGUGCUCUCAAAAAAUAUCAUAUCUUCCACUCAUAAGUGGUUAUAAAUGUUGGCCAAUUGUAUAUUCAUGAAAAUCUCCGAUGUGUGUGGGUAACUACUUCGCAAUUAUUUAAAAUCGAGAGAUUAUCACUCAGUGUACCUAUCGAUAUAGAGCAAGAUGUAUUUUUCUCUGCUGUAUAUGAAAAUGAAAUAUAUAUGUAUAAAUAAAGAUUACUUAUAUAUUAAA